GAGUGACGCGAGCGCGGCGCGCGGCCCCUCCCCUCACGGCCCGCCAUGAAGGCGACGCCGCUUUCCAACUGCGAGCGCCGCUUCCUCCUGCGCGCCAUCGAGGAGAGGAAGCGCCUGGACGGGCGGCAGUGCUAUGAUUACCGGAACGUGCGCAUCUCCUUCGGCGCCGACUACGGCUGCUGCAUCGUGGAGCUGGGGAAGACGAGGGUUCUUGCACAAGUCUCAUGUGAACUUGUUCCCCCCAAGCCAAAUCGGCCCACAGAAGGUAUACUUUUCUUUAAUCUUGAGCUCUCACCGAUGGCUGCCCCUGGUUUUGAGCCUGGCAGGCAAUCUGAGUUACUGGUGAAACUGAACAGACUAAUAGAACGAUGCCUGAGAAAUUCCAGGUGUAUAGAUACUGAAUCUCUUUGCGUUGUUGCUGGUGAAAAGGUUUGGCAAAUUCGUCUGGACCUGCAUCUGUUAAAUCAUGAUGGUAACAUUAUUGAUGCUGCUAGCAUAGCAGGAAUUGUAGCUCUGUGUCAUUUUCGCAGACCAGACGUGUCUGUGCAAGGAGAGGAAGUAACUGUGUAUGCUCCUGAGGAACGUGAUCCUGUCCCCUUGAGUAUCCACCACAUGCCUAUUUGUGUCAGUUUUGCCUUCUUCCAGCAAGGGACCUAUUUAUUGGUGGAUCCAAGUGAACGCGAGGAACGUGUAAUGGAUGGCCUCCUUGUAAUUGCCAUGAAUAAACAUCGUGAAAUUUGUACCAUCCAGUCCAGUGGAGGGAUUAUGCUGGUAAAGGAUCAGGUUCUGAGAUGCAGUAAAAUAACAGCUGUUAAGGUUGCAGAAAUAACGGAACUAAUCCAAAAAGCCUUGGAGAAUGACCAGAAGGUCAGGAAAGAAGGUGGCAAGUUUGGCUUUGCAGAAUCUAUACCAAAUCAAAAGAUCACCGCCUUCAAAAUGGAAAGCGCUGCUGUCAAUACUAACAAUGUGGAAGAACAAGCAGAAGAAAUCAUCACUAAAGCUGACCCUCCUUCAGAAGUUUUUGCCAAACCAAUAUUGCACACUCCAGGGACAGCCCAAAUUGGGGAAGGAAUAGAGAACUCCUGGGGAGACCUUGAAGAAUCUGAGAGGGAAGAAGCAGCAGAAGAGGAAAGUGAAAGCGAGGCUGCUGCUUUUGAAUGUCAGACAGUGGAAACCGAGGAUACAAGUACAAUGACGGAAACUAAGAAGGAUGAACCUAUUGUACUGUCUGACAGUGAAGAGGAAGAAGUUGUCAUUCUGGAACCCCAGGAACUACCAAGGAAAACAAGAACACAGACCAACUUGAAACAAGAAAAUACAAGUAAGAAGGCAUUUACUAAAAGGAGAAGAAAGAAGAGAGCUGCUUAUUAAAGCCAUCGUCCCUCUUUCUGAAAUGCUGUAUAAUACAUAAUUUGAUCUAUCAUUAUUGAACUUAUUUUUGUAGAUAAUUUUAUUUCCUCCCACCCCA